AUGGAGCCGCGACUAAAUGCAUUACUAGACCUCUCCAGCCCAGGCGGCAUGCCGUACGCGACAAAUGCACCCGAUGUUACUACGUCCAGCUCGCAUAGGCCACCGCACCAAGCCGAUUCUACUUUUGUGCGGCCCAAAGCGCUGAUGCUGGCGAACUCAUUGUCGCCAGACAACACCCAGGCCAACGAUUUCCGAAAAGAAGUACAUGACAAGAUCCACCCAACGCGAGCAAUGCCUAGUGCUCCUAUAGCACAGGUACUCAACAAUGAGGCCAAUCUGCUUUCUUCACAAUCUGUUCCCAAUACUUUUGCUCCCUCUACGACCCCAUUCAGCGGCCGACUAGUGGAUCUCCUCCUGGAGAGUCCCGAGCAUACAAAACAACGAUGGGAUCAAGACCAGCAAUUCUUGCAGCCCGACAAUACGGGAUACAGCCCUUCUGUAAUCAAGCUCCCCAGACUUCCACAGCCUCCCAAGAAGACGGCAAAACGGCCUAGGAUACCGCCGCUAUUACAGGGCUUACAUCAGCCUCCACCUUUACCACCUGAGGGCAGGUUGUUCCCGCCAAUCACUGGAGAGAAAAAUGCUUUUGCUGGUGAAAGAGGAUACGAUUCACUAUUUGAAGAACCAAGAGGUAAAGAUGUGGAUGACCAUGCUUUUCUUGAAAACAACACCCAGGAACUCGUUAGGAGUGCUCAACAUGGCGAGUAUGGCCCAAAUAGUCAGGUGGCAGCACAGAAUGCCCCGCUGAGUGGAGUACCUACUGUUCAAGAGGCCAAGGCCCAGUCGAACCAGGAGAUAAGUCCUCCUAGUCAAACCCAGAUUAAGCGUGGAAAGAAGCGAACCAAGUGGUCAGAGCAAGAGACCAAGGAUCUGCUUAUAGGCGUGAGCAGAUUUGGUAUUGGAAGCUGGAAGAAGAUACUGCAGAGUCCAGACUUUACGUUCAACAACCGCACCGCUGUUGAUCUGAAAGACCGAUUUCGCGUGUGCUGUCCUGGUGAAGGUUUGAAACCCAGGCAACCAAGGGCCAGCGUCAAGGAAAAGCACUCAGUGGACGCUGUAGAUACCCACCCUGACGGUCACGGUAAGAGUGCAGAACAAGGGCACAAAACAAACAACUCUGCAUCUGCAUCCUCAGAUUCUACAGUAGCUACACGUACAACCAAAGCUACCGCUACAAUGCCCAACCUCUCUGAGCUGGGUAUCCACGAGCCCUUUUCUAAAACAGCACGCCGCCCGCGACGCCCCUUCACAGCAGCCGAUGACGUGAACCUACUCAAAGGAUUCGAAAAAUACGGCCCAGUCUGGCACUCCAUGCGUGACGACCCGGAGCUCGAGUUCGGAUCGCGACAUGCAACAGACCUACGCGACCGAUUCCGCAUCCGGUACCCAGAACGCUACGUAAGAGCAGGCUACAAGCUCAAAAAUAAAGAAAAAGAGCGAGAAAGAAUGCGAAGAGGCAUAGACAUGGAAACCGACGCUACCUCAGCAGUAGAAUCCUCUCCAUCUCUCACCACACCCAAAGAUAAACCUCACGACGAAGCAAACACCAUCGCUCUAUCUAAACCCCCAACCAUAACACCGUUAUCCUACCCAUCCACCAACAGCGUCCCCCUCACCUUCUCCCAACCCCCGCUCUCCUCCCACCUCCAAUACACAACUCCAACCACCACCAAUGGCCCAUCCCUCAAACCCUUCACAACAUCCUCCUCGUACCUCGCCGACCCCUUACCCACGCUCUCCUUCUCCGACGAAGAAGACAUCACAGACGACAUGGCGCAUAACGCGCAUUCAGGCGGCGGCGACCAAAGCCCCGUGACGCUGAGUCGGAAUAUUCUGCGCUGGGCUGAUGCGAACCCUUCGUCUUUGUAUUCGUUUGUCCCCAGGGCUGGAGGGUAUAGGGCUGCUAGCGGAAGCAUUGGUGGGGGAGAAAGACUGAUGGGGUUUGGAGGGGGUAGUGAAGGGGUAGGUGGGAGUAGUAGUACUGGUGCUGUGUUGGCUGGAGGACAACAGGUGCAACAGCAGCAGCAGCAACAACAACAACAACAAGGUGAUGGCAUGAUGAGGAAUAAUAUCCUUCCCGAAGCAGAAGGCUGGUCUUUUGCGGAUCGAACGGCGAAUCUGGCGUCGUUCAAGUAUCGAGGUUGA